UCGACCAAAUCGGGCUACGGUGUUGAAUAAUAGGUUUGCGAUUUUAGCUGUUGGUUUCUUCUGGAAAGUUCGUUCGUCCGACGAACUCGAGCUCUGACGGUCGCUUUGACGGGAGGCUCUUGAUAAACCCUAGCAGCUCCCGCUCUCAUCAUCUGUGGUCUCAUUUGCUAGGUUCGCUUUUCCCCUUCUCCACUGUUCGUUGCCUUCGACUUCGCCUCCUUCGCGUGGCAGGUAGAGUUUUGAACGAGUCCCUACUUGACGACGUUUCUUCCUGUCGGGUCCGAAAUCACACCUCCUAGCCGUUCGUCUGUUCGAUCGGAAGUAACGACGACGACGGGAGCUUGCUCGUUGCGAAGGUAGCCAUCUUUAUUCCGUUCGCGCGCUUUUUCGGCCAAAUCCCGUAAAUUCGCCGAACUCCCGGAUUUAGUAGACUAGGGAUUUACGGCAAAAGUGCGAAACGGUGGAUUUAACUCGCUGUGAGAUUUAACGGUUCCUAAAUCCUGUUUGGCUGGAUUUAGCAUAAAUCCUGCUCAAAUCCAGCAUAAAUCCUGUAACCAAACAGCCCCUUCGUAUCGUCGUAUACAAAGGAGUUCUCAGAUAUUUGCCAGAAUCCUGUGACUCCUAAUAUGGCCGCGCAACAGUCUUCCUCAGCUAGCAAUCAGUCUGCUCAGGUUGAUUUAUUGCCUAGGCCUACUACAAUGCCCAUUAAUUUUGGGUCCCAGCAGUUGCCGCUGGAUGGUAGACAAUUUUCACAAGACAUGGUCCAAGCUACAGCAUCUGCUGGCAGUGAGCCUUUUUCAUUAACUUUUUCAAACAAGCAACCAAUAGAGAAGCUGCAUUCACCCAAGGAUCAAAUUUCUGAGUCUGUAUUUCGUGGUUUGCAACAGCCCCACCCCCAACGAACUAGUAAAUUUCAUUCCGGAAUUGAACCUUUGCCAAGAAUUCAAAAUCAAGCCUCUGCUAAUGUUGGAGCAUCAUUUUCAUUAGCACCUAACAAACAACAAGCACAGUUGGAAUCUUUACAGAAACUCCAAACAACAUUGCCUCUGAUUGCAGGGUCACAACAGUUGUCAUCGAUUAUAAAUAAACGCCUGGUAAAGACAGAGCAACCUGUGAAGGUCCAGCCAGAGUUUGAAUCGGUUAGGUCAAAACUGAGGGAAUCACUUGCUGCUGCAUUGGCUACAGGUUCUAAGGAGCAAAAUAAACAAAAAUUUCUUGAAAAAAAUUCCAUUGGCGAGGAAAAAUGCUUGUUAAAGCAGGCCGAAGUUUCUUCUUUGCAAAAUGAAAUUUACCCCUCGGCUGAAGAUGGUUCUUCUUGUGAAAGUUUGCCAAACUAUUUUACUUCUGGCAGACACGUUCAGAAGUGUGAUGGAAACCAAGGAUUAACUAGUGAGAUUGGCUCAAGUGAAAAUUUCAGUGUUAAAAAAGUGGCAGAUAACAUUUGUAAUGUGCAAGAAGAUAUUGAAAAACCUGAUAUUGUGAUGGACGAUGUUCCAUUUAGUAGUCAUUCCAUCAUGGUAGAUGAGCUCUUGCAAGGUCAUGGCCUCCACUGGGCAUCUGAUUUUGAUUCUGUGAAUUCAGAUUCGAUGCUGAACUCUGCCCCGAAAAGGCCUAAAUUGAUGGAUGCGGAUGAAAAAAAUGUCACAAAGGACUCAGCACUUCAAACUUGUGAAAAUUUGUCUGUUCUAAUUGAAGCAGAACUGUUUAAAUUGUUUGGUGGUGUUAAUAAGAAAUACAAGGAGAAAGGUAGAUCGCUUUUGUUUAAUCUGAAAGAUGCUAGUAAUCCGGAGCUGAUUGAACGGGUAUUAUCUGGUGAUGUAUCUCCUGAACGGCUCUGUUCCAUGACUGCUGAGGAACUUGCUUCAAAGGAGCUUUCAGAGUGGAGGCAAGCCAAAGCAGAGGAGUUUGCACAGAUGGUGGUGUUACCUGAUACGGAUAAUAUCAGACGUUUAGUAAAAAAGACUCAUAAAGGAGAAUUUCAAGUAGAAUUUGAUCAGGAUGAUGGUGCUCAUAUUGAGGUUGGACUGGGAUCUGAAGUUCUUACUAAGAUGUUAGCAAAAUCCAAUGAUGUAGAUCAAAGUUCGCCUCGAUCCAAUGAUAAGGGACUGACUUUAUCAAGAACCCAUGACUUGGAGAAAUCUAAUGACUUGUUGCAAGGUGACAAGUCUGAUUCAGUUGGAAAAAAUGUCUCCAGUCGUUUAGAUCAAAGAUUGCCUGAGAAAACUGAUUAUAUACAGGACUUCAUGGUAGAAGAGUUGAAAGACACGGAGCUUCUCCCUCCUGUUGUUUCUCUAGAUGAGUUUAUGCAGGCCCUUGAUUCUGAACCCCCAUUUGAAAACUUGGAAGUUAAUAACUUAAAAGAAAAUCCUAGUUCUGGUGAUAGGGACUUAGAUAGACCAGAGUCUGAGAGCAUUCAUGCGUAUGACAGUUCAGGGCAUAAGGCUGAUUCUACUUCUGAUGUCUCAGCAAGUAAGUUGGAUUCCAGUUUACAUUCAGGUCAUAUGCACACCAAGCAUACAAAAGAAAUUUCCUCAUUAAAUGAUGGUCAAGUGGAUUAUAGUUAUCAAAAGGGUGAUGAUAAGCUGAAAAUGGAUGAUGCUCAAGAGAAACAUGUUGCAAGAAUUCCUGAUUCUGCGUCCAAGUGCAAUAUUAUUUGGGAGGGUUUUCUUCAGCUGAAUGUUUCUGCUCUGUCAAACGUUGUGAGCUUCUUUUUAAGUGGUGAGAGAACAUCAAUGCAAGAGUGGCCCAGCUUUCUUGAGGUGAAAGGAAGAGUUAGAUUAGACGCAUUUGAGAAGUUCCUGCAAGAGCUUCCUCUCUCUCGAAGCCGAACAAUUAUGCUAAUCGAAUUCAUCUGGAAGGAGGAUUCUCUGGAGAGUGGGCGUGUUCAUCUCUCCGAGGCCAUCCACUCCUAUAUAACAGAUGAUAGGCUUGGAUUUGCUGAGCCAGUCCCAGGAGUUGAGCUCUACCUCUGUCCUUCCCACCCCAAAACAAUCGCCAUACUUGCAAAUCACCUCUCCAAGGACCUCCUUGAUAGCAUCCACUCUGUCCUUAAUGGCCUUAUUGGCAUUGUUGUAUGGAGAAGACCUCAUGCAAUUGUAUCACCUAGAUUGUCUUCCCACCACCACAAGCAUCAUGGUAGCUCGAAGAUGCAUUCGAGUUCGAAAAAACGGCACGAAAGCAUGAAUCAUUCGAGCCGCAGGAAUCCGAUUCCUCGGCCCGACGAUGAAGACGAUGUUCCGCCCGGCUUUGGGCCGCCUAUUGUUAGGGAGGAUGAUGAUCUUCCUGAGUUUGAUUUUUCCCGCGGCCGAAGUUCCCAUCGAGCCGCAGCUGAAUUGGCUCCGGCCAGCCCAUCUGAUCACAUGAGGGAACUUAUCCAGAAGUAUGGGCAGGGUGAGAGUACUGUGAAGGAAUUGGGGAUUCCUGUCCAGCCUUGGAAUGAUGAUGAUGAUAUCCCUGAGUGGAAUCCAAAUCAAAAUACAAAACAGAUGCUGAAAUCUAUGCCAUUGCCGCCGCCACCACCGCCGCAAGUCCAUGUGUAUCAACAGCAACAGAGAAAUACCCAGCCUUUUCCUAUAAACCAGAACCUGAUGCCACCACAGUUUGUUCAGAUGCCUCUUCAUCCACCCAUCCAUGCCCAGGUUGGGGGAAUGCAGCCUAAUAAUGCCAUGUGGAGUCCUGUGGCUCGCGGAAUGCCAGAUGGCAGCCUUCGGCCGUGCCAAGUAGGCAGUCAGUUUAGUGGUGGGAGACCGCCGGGCUUCGGGGUGGAUCCUAGAAUGGUUCAAGGCUUUGGGGGAGGGAGGAGUGGAUUGGGUUUCUGGAGACCUGAUAAUAAUAACUCUGGAAGGUAAAGGUUUUUAGCUCUUCUUUAGCAAGAAGAAAGUAGGAAAGUAGAGGAUUUGGCUUCUUUGCUACUUUUUGUGCCCUCUUUUGCUUUUGAUCUCAAAUUGAAUUUUAUGUAAAAUAUGUCUGUUCAUAUGCUUUUGUUGAGUUGGUAAUGAAUGGAUAACCCAUUUGCUGAUCAUUUUGGAA